AUGUUCGCACACGAUCUCGACGUCAGGCCCGCUACAGAGGCUAACAUGCACUAUGUGGAUGAGCCCUGCGAGGACGCACUUCCUGACGUGAAAUCUGGUAUGAGCCUAGACGCCAACCCGGCCAUUCAAAGCGCUCGCUUCUUCAAGGGCGACAUUGUGCAUAUGCCGCAAUUUCUGAACGGGCAACGGACCAAGGGCUCCUUCAUAGUGGACAAAUCACAAUACAAUAGCCGGGGAGGCUACGUCGAGUACCAGCUGCUCGACCCGCUUACCGGAGGGUUGCAUAAGAACGGUGCCUGGAUCCGAGAGAAGGAGCUGAAGAUAGAGAGGCACGGCUGA